CUUAACUUCAAAAUUUGUUUUUAGUCAUUUAACWACAAAACUCAUAAACACUCAAGUAAUAGUCAUGAAAAAUUGGACUCUUUACCAUGUUCCAUUUGUCAUAUACCAUAUAAUGAGCAUAGUGUACCAUUUUCUAUGAAUAUGAAGUAUUGUUCUACUUGCAAGCGAUAUAAAGUACCACAUAUACUUUUAUCUUCAUUGGAACCUAUGGAAAGACUUACUAUUCGAGGUACUGGAACUCUAUUGCAAACAUUUGUUUGCCGUAAUAAACGUGAACUAAAAGGAGAGAUGAAUGCUAAAGAAAUAUCAGAUGGUUUGCCAUUUCUUGAAUAUGAACUGCAUAGUCAGUUAUUGAAUAAAUUACGAGUGAAAGGAAUGAAUGCCAUUUUCGGACUCAAAAUUCAAGUUUGUCUUGGUGAACGAGUGGUUUCUUUGCAUGCUACUGGUACUGCUAUGUACAUAACUUGUUUGCCUGAACCACCAUUACCAUUAGUAAAAGCUGGUAAAUCUUGGGCUCAUCCAGAUCAACAACAAGUGUUACGUGCUCAAAAGUUACUUAACGAUGCCGUGGUUAAUAAUAGACAACACUAUCAUCUUAUUCAAAAAGAAGAUGAAUCCGAAAAUACGUCUUCUAACAGUACCGGAAAAACUACUUUACCUGAUAUAAACUUAAGUUAUGGAAAUAGAGACACAUGUAUUUUAGAAAUGGAUGAUGCAGAAGAUUUAGAUGUAGUAUCUCAAUUAUUAGAACCAACUCCUCCAGGUUCAUUUUUACUGUCCAAUACCGAUGUUCUUCCUGGAACUGGUUCAGAAGUUUUCCCUAUGGAACCAGUGUGUAAUCUACAAAUGUUUACUCAAGUUUGGCGAUCUAAAGCACAUUAUACCAAUGGAAAUUUCGACAAACAACUUCAACGAAUGCUUCAAGGAUUAUUUUUCAAACUGAGGAGGAUGACGCCAUGUGGAUUGGGAAAGCUAUCAUUUAAGAUUGAUAUUCCAGAACCAGAUGAAUUGCAAAUAUCAAUUGUUGGUAUGGCAUUAGGUCUUGGCGAAUCUGAUAAAACAACUGCCAAACAAAUUUUAAGACGAAGACAAUUACCUUUAAAAGAUUUUGAGCAGAAAACCGAAGAACUUAUUUUUAAAUUAGAAGAAGAUGUUUCAUUAGGUCACGGUGAAAAAAAAGUAAGAAAAUUUGAACGAGCACCUCGUCCAAAUAGACUAUCUACACAUGCUGCUCCAAAAGAUAGAUAUGGUGUGGACAUUACACCAAUGACUUACAUACCUGGUGCCAAGAUUGAACGCUAUUUAGGAAAUUUAAAUUUUUUUUUCAUACGUGAAAGCACAUGCAUUAGAGAGGUUAUAAAAGAAGUGAUUGAAGAACAAAAUAACUUAAGAGGAAUGAGGAUUAAUGGUUUAAAAAAAGGUGCGGUAACGGGUGGUGACACAUGCUCUUUAUUAAAGAUUUACAGAGCUUUAAUCAGAUCUAAAUCAGAAUAUGGAUCAACUAUAUUUAGGACUGCUAACCAAAAAUAUUUAAAAAUGUUUGAUACUCCUCUUAACACUGGUAUAUGUCUCGCAUUAGGGGGCUUCAAAUUCAGCCCCAUUGAGUCAUUGAGAGCUUGA